CAAAGAGGGGGCAGUGAAGUCAUAGCAGAAGAGGAGCGAGCGAUCAUGGAGUCCUCGAGUGCUGCCAGGAAGCGAACGCUCUCCCUGACUCCUUGCUUGCUUUCCUUCCUCUUCACUGUGUCAUCCCACUGCCAUGUUCGAACCUCCAGUGAUCUGGCUUUUACCUCGCCCUGGCUCCGAACGAGCCCAUCGAGCCCAGCUCCUUUCAGAGCCUCAACUUGCUCCUCCUUGCGAACAGAAAGACAGAUUUUCCGGCUGCAGAUGUCUAAAAAGAGAGGGAAGAAAAUGCAGAAAGUGCGAAUAGACGACCUGUUGGUUGAGCGCGGCUUAGCCUUGCACACGAAAGAGGCGAUGGCCCUUGUCUUGAAGAAGCUGGUGGUAGUUGAGGAAGGGAAAAUUCCUGUCGAUUCUGUGAGUACUCUGAUUCCAUCCGACGCAAAUGUGCGCGUCAAAGGACGGCAUGUGCCUGUAGAGGAGCGAGCAAACAUGGAGCAAGAAGCUGGCUUUGUGCUUGGAGAGGAGAUGGAGGGUCUUGUUGUGGCGCAUCAUGGCAGUCGGGUGCUUGUGCAAGUGGAAGAGCAAUCGAAGGAGUUGUUGACCAAACUUGAAGAACCUGCCGCACACAUCAACACUCAUGACGUUCGAAGUUUGCGGUACAGCUGUGCGUUGAAUCCCUCCCUGAAAGAGAUCGGCGUUGUGACCGGCGACCGCGUUGUCUUUGCUCCGGCGUUGGGAGGAGAUAUGACAACCUCGGAAAGAUCUUUUGCCAGAGGAGUUGUGAGCAAGCGGCUCGAGAGAACAACCGUUCUGGAUCGCCCGUCGAAGUCGAUCUCGGAGUUAAACGUCAAUGACCUUCAGGUGUUGGUCCCGGGCUAUUUCCUCGCUUGA